UUCCCCUGUCUGUCUGCUCUGCUCUGGCUUGCCGUUCCGAAGCCGGUGUGCUGCCGCCGCUUUCAGUUUCACCUUCUUCGCUAAUCAUCCCUCCCAUCCCAGCCCAUCCCACACACCAUCACUUUCCUUUUCUCCUUUGCCCGAUCCAAACCCUUCUCCCCUCACGCGCUCGGCCCAGCACCUAGGCUAUCUCGGGGGACCGAGAGAGGAGACCAGAGCGGGACGGGGGACGAGCACCGCGCGGCGGCGACCGGCGACGGGGAAGGGAUGGCGUCCGCGUGGGGCGGGACGACGCAGAAGUGCGCCGCGUGCGGGAGGACGGUGUACCCGGUGGAGGAGCUCGCCGCCGACGGCCGCGCCUACCACCGCCCUUGCUUCCGGUGCCACCACUGCAAGAGCACCCUUCAGUUUAGUAAUUAUUCUUCCAUCGAAGGUGUCCUUUACUGCAAACCUCACUAUGACCAGAUACUAAAAUCAACUGGCAGUUUAGACAAAAGUUUUGAAGGUGUGACAAGAUCAGCAAAAUCAGAAAACUCAAAUGGACAUAAGGUCCUGAAAAGCAGCAGGUUCUCUAGCAUGUUUGUUGGUACACAAGAGAAGUGUGUAGUUUGUAACAAGACCGUGUACCCUCUUGAAAAGGUUGAUCUUAAUGGAGGCUCAUAUCAUAAAUCAUGCUUCCGUUGCACACAUGGUGGCUGUACACUCAGCCCAUCCAACCAUAUCACGCAUGAAGGCAAGCUUUAUUGCAAGACCCACCAUUCUCAAUUGUUUAUGGUUAAGGGAAAUUUCAGUCAAUUUGAGGAGAACACAGUAAAUGCAAAAGUGGCUCUCAAGAAGCAAGAAGAAACUGAAGGAGACACCAAAAAGCCAAGUCAAGGUGAUGGACUCACUGAGGAACCGUCAGAAAAUGAGCUCACAGCUGGGAAAACAUCCCCAAAUGAUGUUGUAACUGAAAAGCAAUUGCAAAGUAGCAUCGAUGUUGCCAAACCAUUAGAAAGCACAGUCCAGAAGUUAGCAGAAAGUGAAGGGGUUACUGAAACUGAGUCAAAAAGUCAUGUAGAAAACAAGAAGCCAUCAGAAAGCAGUGCAGAGAAGCCAGUGCAAAGGAGUGUAGUUGAUUUUAAGCCAUCAGGAAGCAGUGCGGCAACAAGAAAGCCAUGGCAACGCAGUCCUCCCAAAGAUAAACCGUUACUGAGUAGUAAAUCCACUGAAAAGCCAUCAGCGAUUGAUACAGCCAUUGAGAAGCCAUCAUCCAGUAAUGGGAUUAAUGUGAAACCAUUGGACAACAGCACAGGGGUAAAAAAGUCAUGGCAACGUAAUUUAGCUACCGAGGAUCCACAGCUGAGCAUUUUACCAUCAGAGAUGCCAGCAUCAACCAGUUCAGAUGACGUGAAGCCAUCAGAAAGCGGCGAAGUGGUCAAAAAACCAUGGCAACGCAUUGUGACCACUGAGAACCAAAUACAGAACAGUGGACCAACUGAGAAGGCAUCGCCGACAAGCACUACAAAACCAUUUGAUAGCAGAACAGCAAUUAAAAGGCCAUGGGGACGCAGGGUAGCCAGUGAGAAAUCUCUGCAGAGCAGUGAGGUUGAUUUGAAACCAGUGGAAACCAGUACAGAGGUUACUGUGCUACAGCAACACAGUGAAACGACUGAGGAACCUCCACAAACUAAUGCAGAUGAUGCUAAGCCUUCAGAGAACACUACAGCAGUUGUGAGAAAGCCAUGGCAAUUCAACAUAGGAACUGAGACGCAACCAAAGAGCAAUGUGGUUGAUGCAAAGACAAGUGAAAGUAGUGGAGUGGUCAAACGGCUCUGGCAGCGUAAUGUGGCAUCUGAGAAGCCAUCACAAAGCAGUGUAGCAUCUCUGACAACAUCACAAAGCAAUGUGACUGUCACAAAGCCAGUCCCAAGCAACAUGGCUGUGAAGAAGUCAUGGCAAAGAAGUAUAGCUCCAAAAAAUAUGCCAGAGAGGGAUAUGACUACCAAUAAACCAUUGCAAAGAAAGGCAGUGAUCGAGAAUCCUCAACAAAGCAGUGUGGCUACAGAGAAAGCGUCACAAAGCAGUGUAGUUUCUGAGGAACCACAGAAAAUCAGUGUUGUCACUGACAACAAAUCGGAGACUGUCAAAGAUACCAAAAACAGUGGCGAUGCUAUCAAGGAGCCAUCAGCAACCAGUGAAACACAACAGAGAGGCCUGAUGACAGAAGAUGAUCUCUCUCUUGAGAGGCCACCUCAAAAGGAAGACACCAUCAAGAAGAUAGAAGAGCCUGAAAGUGAUGCCACUUCUGACAACCCAACAAAGGAUCCAUCAGCACCUAAAGGGGCUGCAUCUGAUGAGAGUGUGUCAGAGUCUCAAACUAAACCAAUUGUUGAGCAGACAUUAGAAACUCAACACGUUGUGGCUGCUGAGAAGGCAAAUAAUCAGAUACUGGAAGCUAAAAAUGAUGCAAGCGUUGUGCAGUCAUCAGGAUCUGAAAGUGUUGCACCUGCUGAGGUUCCAGUGGAGCAGCCAUUAGAAUGUCAAAAGGAUGCAGUUACAGAGCAGCCAUUGGAACCUCAGCCUGAAGCAGAUGAAAAGAAUCUGUCAGAGCCUAGCAUGGAUGCAACUACCAAGGAUACAUCGGAGCCUGAAAUUGAAGCAGGUACCAAGAAGUCGUUAGAACCACAGAGAGAUGCAGCUGCUGAUCAGUCAGCUGAGCAGCUGUCAGAACCUCAAAGUGGCACAUCCAUGGAGAAGUCAGCAGCCCUGGACAUGGGUACUGAAAAGCCAUAUGAGUCUCAAAGUGAUGUAGCUGCUGUUGAAUCAUCAGGGCAGCCAUCAGAGCCUCAGAACGAUGCAUCUGUCGAUAAGCCAUUGGAACCUAAGGUUGAUGCAACUGCUGAGGAGCUAUCAGAACAUCAAAAUGAUGCAGCUCCUCAUAAGUUAACUGAGCAUCCAUCAGAACAUCAAAUUGAUGCACUUCCUAAUAAUAUAACUGAGCAGCCAUUGGAGCCUCAAAAGGAUGUAUCUAUUGAGAAGUCACUGGAAACAGAGAGUAAUGUUGUUACUGAGAAUCCAACAGAAAGCAGCUUAGCUACUGAAACACUGCAUGAAAGCACUCUGAAGAGCACCAGCACCACAACCGAGGAACUAGCACAACGCGACAUUUCUGAUGAGGCACCGCCCCAGAGCAUUUCACGAGAAACACCAGUGGAGAGCACCGUAUCUGUUGAGGAAUCUGCAAAUGUUGGCGGCACCAGCCUUAAACUAUCAGAUGACAACUCAGCUCUUGAGAAGCCAUCCGAGGACAGUGUAACUCCUGAGAUGCCAUCAGAGGAAGGUAAGGCAAGUGCAGAUCCAGCAGAAGACAAUGCGUCCCUUGAGAAAUCAUCAGAGGAAGACGAGGUGAAUGCUGAGCCAUCAAAUGACAGAGUGGAUCUUGAGAAGCCAUUGGAGGAUGACAAUGCCAGUGCUGAGCCAUCAGAGGACUCUGUAACUCCUGAGAAGCUAUCAGAUGAAGGCAAGGUGAGUGCAGAGUCAGAAGAAGACAAUGCGGUUCUUGAGAAACCGUCAGAGGAAGACGAUGUUAUUGCUGAGCCAUCAAAUGAUGGAGUGGAUCCUGAGAAGCCAUCGGAGGAUGAUGGUUCUUGUUCCAAGCCAUCAGAGGACUCUGUAACUCCUGAGAAGCUAUCAGAGGAAGGUAAGGCAAGUGCAGAGCCAGCAGAAGACGAUGCGCCUCUUGAGAAACAAUCAGAGAAAGAAGAGGUGAUUGCUGAGCCAUCAAAUGAGAAAGUGGAUCUUGAAAAGCCAUCGGAGGACAAUGAUGCGAGUGCCAAGCCAUCAGAGGACGAUGUAACUCCUGAGAAGCAAGACAAUGCGCCUCUUGAGAAACCAUCGGAGGAUAACAGGGUGAUUGCUGAGGCAUCAAAUGACACAGUCGAUCUUGAGAAGCCAUCAGAGGACGACGUUGCCAGUGCCAAGCCAUCAGAGGACGAUGUAACUCCUGAGAAGCCAUCAGAGGAAGGUAACGCAAGUGCAGAGCCAGCAGAAGACAAUGUGCCUCUCGAGGAACCAUCGGAGGAUGAUGAAGUGAUUGCUGAGGCAUCAAAUGACACAAUGGAUCUUCAGAAGCCAUUGGAGGACGAUCUUGCCAAUGCCGAGCCAUCAUUGGAUGAUGCAACUCCUGAGAAGCCGUCAGAGGAAGGUGAGGAAAGUGCAAAGCCAGCAGAAGACAAUGCACCUCUUGAGAAACCAUCAGAGGAAGACGAGGUGAUUGCUGAGUCAUCGAAUGACACAGUGGUUCUUGUGAAGCCAUCCGAGGAGGAAGAUGACAUUGUCAAGCCAUCGGAGGAGGACAGGGUGGUCCUUGAGAAGCCAGCCACUGACAAACCAUUGGAGGAAGAGGAAGGAGGAGCAGCCAGUGAGAAGCCAUCACACGGUGAUGCUGUCAUCGAGGCGUCAUCGCAAGACGACACAGACUCGGCCACUGAUAGCGCCUCACCAGCCACCGGGACAAAAAUAUCAGCCUAAGCUCUGUGAGAUAGUGGUUAGCCAGGUACAGUUAGUGAGCACCAGUAAACAGUUUUUAACUGAGAGAUGAAGCGAUACUGCUGUCGAUAGUUUUGUGUGCCAUUUUAUUUGUUUUACCUGUAUACAAUGUUUGAGUUGUAAACUUCGAGGGAACAGAAAGAACGAUGGUAUUGGUUUGAUACUCACAGCAAUAACCCCCUCCCCACAUUAGGAGGAGGGGCGGCAUGGAGGUUUCUACAGUACAAUUUCGUGUGCGGUUUGAUUUGUGGCUCAUGUUUUUUCGUACAUCGAAUGCUGUUAAAUGAUUUUAUGCAAACUGCUUUGUGCUU